UGUCCAAACGUCAAAAAAUAGAUUUCUCUAACGUUUCUGUUUCUUUCUUUGAAUAGGGAAAUCGUAUCCCUAUAAUCUCUCAUUCUCUCCGCUCUUUCUUCUUAUCUCUCUAUUGUCCCUCCUCUGUUUUCACAGGGACAAGAGGAAGACUCUUUGACUCGAGAUUUCCUGUCUUUUUUAAUCUAAAAUCAUGUUUCUCGACAAAGGGUCAAUGCAAUCAAACCUCGAUUGUUUCCUUCAUUGCACAACUCCGCUGGUCCCAUCUCAAUCCCUCCCCAAGAGGGAGAUUAGGAAUCUAAACAGACUAUGGCACCCAUGGGAGAGAGACACAGUGGAGUAUUUUACUCUGGGUGAUCUAUGGAAUUUUUAUGAUGAAUGGAGUGCUUAUGGGGCUGGAGUUCCUAUUGCUUUGGACAAUGGUGAAACCUUGGUUCAAUACUAUGUGCCUUACCUCUCUGCUAUCCAAAUUUUCACAAGCAAUUCUCCAGUCAACAGUUUCAGGGAAGACACUGAGUCUGGUGAUGGCGAAACGAGAGACUCUUUCAGCGAUUCGUGGAGUGAUGAUAGUGAGAGUGACAAGAAAUGCAGGUGCGAUGGCUGCUCAUCAGAAGGAGGGUCAGAGCAAGACAACCCUUGUCCAAGAAAUAAUAGACUGGGGCGCCUAUAUUUUCAAUACUUUGAGAGAUCAACUCCUUAUGGAAGAGUUCCUUUGAUGGACAAGAUUAAUGGAUUUGCUCGACGAUUUCCGGGUUUAAUGUCAUUGAGAAGUGUAGAUCUUUCACCGGCUAGUUGGAUGGCAAUUGCAUGGUACCCUAUCUAUCACAUUCCAAUGGGAAGAACCAUAAAGGACUUGUCUACAUGCUUCCUCACUUACCACACCCUCUCAUCAUCUUUUCUAGAUAUGGACGUAGAAGAUGACAUUGAGAGUCCGGAAAAGAAGCGAAAGGAAGGGGAAAACAUCACUCUCCCUCCAUUUGGUUUGGCCACUUACAAGAUGCAAGGGAACGUGUGGGUCUCAGGCAAUUGCGGUCGGGACCAGGACAGGCUAGUGUCACUUUUAAGCGUGGCAGAUUCAUGGCUAAAGCAACUAUGGGUCGAGCACCAUGACUUCAAUUACUUCACGGGGACGCGGCGUGGCCAAUACCAUAACUUAAAAGAUUUCACUUUUGAAACUUCCCCUUAACAGGGGGAUUAAUACUAAAAUCCUCCUCUUUUUUGUUGGAUCUCCGGCGUGGACUUUGUGUCUGAGGACUCUAGCUAGUUCUUUCUCGCAACCAAGCUCAAUUUCUAGCCAGUCAAUAUUGAUGAGGCUACUCCUCUUCUUUUGGCUGCUGUUUAAGUGGUAAAUGGGGCCUCGUUAUGUGUAGAGUGAUGGUCGAGGUCCUUGAGAGAUGGUGGGAUUAGAGGCUCUCGAACUUCGAACUUUCUUUUAUUGUGCAGCACACUUUUUCUUGACCAUCAUGAAAUCGUUGAAAGUGAGGAGAUUACUGAUACUUUUGCAAGCUUCCUCCAUGUCUCUACACCUUGCAUGUGUGUGUAUGUGCUUUUGGAUUGUCCGGCACAGCACUCAGCACUCUCUCUUGAUCAUUACUAUAAAUCUAUUGUUUUCUUGCA